GAACAGCACAAGCCAUCCAGCGAGCAGCAGACAGAUAGCAUCGUCAAGUCAGUUUUCCCAGGGCUGUCAUCGAGAGCGGUCGAGUUUUCCCUCUCAACAGGACGCUCUGUGAGGGUUCGGGUUUCCUCGAAAGCUUUCUUUUUUUGCAAUCAAGUUGGCUUGGCGCGCGUUCGAGCAAUUUUGGCUUCUAUUCUUGCUAGGAUUGUGUGUGCGUGCUGGUUCUCGAAUGGUAUAGUGACAAAUGUGUGACAGCGGAGUGGGAGGUUUUACUCCACGGAAAGCGCCGUUUCGGGGGUGUUGAUUCGAAGAUUUUUUCGAUGCAGGAUCAAGUGAUUGUGGAAUGAGGCUUGCUGGAAAAUGCCUAUACGACAACAAUUGAUGUCAAGUGAAAUCUGAUUAAUUGCUGAGGCGACAAGCCUUUCUUCAAACGAAAGUGGAAGUGGAAACGCUUUGAUUCUGUGAACUACAUCCCACUCAGUCGGUGUGUUGUGGAAAGUGGCCUAGAUAUCGGUGUGCAUGUAUUCGCGAGGACGGAAGCGUUGUGAACCGUUUAUCGCGUAGGUUUCGUUAAUUUAUUUCCGUUUUCUAAAAGCGAGACAAGUGCCGAACGGUGUCGCAGUGAACCUAGCGCCAUAAUUUUUGCGAACAAAGGAAGCUACGGAGAUUGUAAAAGUUUUGGAGUAGGGUAGAUCUUCGGUACGCCGGGUUGUGCCGGUAGCAAUCGGUACACGAUGCGGUGUAAAAUCUCAGGGGUAACCGGUGGUGCUACGACGAUGCCGAUGGCUUAAGGGCACUGCUGUGUAUGAUUCUGUAUGCUGUUGGGAAUUUAAUGAUGACUUACAGGUUUUAAGAAGACCCUUAACGUCCACGCCAAUGGUCGCAAGGGGAUUUUCGAGUUCAAUUUGGACUGUAUAAGAUGCUCGAGGUUUUCAGUAAUAAAGCGAAAUAGAAGAUAGUUAAGGCCAAUCUGGUGACACUAAUCAGGACACGGUGAUAAAUCUAAAAGAUUAUGGUGAAGCUGCUCACUUAGGGCAAUGCCAGUCAACUUUCAUCAGCAGUUCGUACCCCUUGGAGCGCUAGUGCAACUUCAGAGACAGCAGAAGCGACUUUCCUGAAAGGCAGCAGACGAAGAAUAAUGACGAUGCAUAAGGAAAAACUUGAUUAAAGCGCGAUCCUGCGUGGAAUCCGUUCCGUGACAGCGAUAUUCAAGCAUCGUUUGCAGCGACACAACCAGUAAACAGAACGACACCGACCCGAAGGAACCAGUAAGUUUUCCGUGCACAAAUAUACAUAUAUACACGUAUAUAGCGUGUUCGGGAAGGAAGUCGAGAGCCAGUGUCCACGGUUUUUCCAACCCCUUCCCUCCUACCUCCGAAGAAUAGCAAAACGAGGAAAGCCGGCGAAAUGAAGGGACGACAUCUGAGGAGACGGUUCAGCUUGCAGCCAUCCUUUAUGAAGGACGACAGCCCGGAAGAUAAACCCAAACGCGAGAAACCCCUGAAAAACGAUGAAAAUUCGAUAAACUCCAAUGUGCGGCACAAAAUCGUCGUCAUGGGAGCGGCCAAGGUCGGCAAGAGUUCGCUCAUCACCCAGUUCCUGUACAGCACAUUUUCGCCCAAGUACAAACGCACCGUCGAAGAGAUGCACCACGGCCACUUCUCCGUCGGUGGAGUCAACCUCACGCUGGACAUCCUGGACACAUCCGGUUCGUACGAGUUUCCAGCAAUGCGAGCCCUAUCCAUCUCAUCGGCCGAUGCAUUCAUCCUGGUGUACGAUGUCACCGACAGUGUCACGUUCGAGGAGGUCAAAGCGAUUCGGGAACAGAUUCACGAGAUCAAAUCCACCACCGCUGUUCCGAUUGUGGUAGUCGGCAAUAAGACCGAUCUGGUCGACGAGGACGACGACAUCCGACAGAUCCCACGUGGAACAACCGAAUCGAUGGUAGCAGUCGACUGGGAAAACGGUUUCGUCGAAGCAUCGGCAAAGCUCAACCGGAAUGUGUCUCAGAUCUUCAAGGAACUGCUUGCCCAGGCAAAGAUCGCCUACAACCUCAGUCCGGCCUUGCGGCGGCGGAGGCGCCAAUCACUACCGCAGCAAUCCAGCAGUGCAGGUGGCACGGGGCCUCCAACACCACAGCAAGCCAUGCCGCCAGCCUCGGUUCACGUUCCCUCCGCCGCUCAGUUGGCCCAUUUACAGCAAAUCCAGGAUAAGAGCCUCGGCGGAAAGCGGAAUUCAUGCGUGUUGUCUUAAUACCGCUCGAGUUGUUACCAGCUGUAGGUGCACACAUAAUUCUGGUAAUUAUGUGAGCUAUGUUUCAAUAACUAAUCUAGAAAUAUUCCAAUACAAAAGUAAGCAAAGUCCAAGCAGUUAUCCUACUAAAAUGUAUUUGACAAGUGUUUCAUGUAUUUCAAUAAAAAAAAUAAUUAACGUUAUUGUGGGGAAUAUAGCUUAUACAUAUGAGUCAAACUGAAAAUAGUAAAAUGUUUGUAUAUUUAAGUUUAAUUCAAGCUUGGUGCAUACCGGCUUUAUAUGGCUGCUUAGUAUUUGUUCUCAUAUUCUUGUCUGCGAUUAACCUUUGAGUCGUACGUAUGAAUAAAUAAACGGACACCAAUACAUUGAAAAUGUCCGAAGCUAACAUCAUUACAAUGGUUUCCGAAUCAAUUCUCCGUUUCCCUUUCCUACUUGCGAGUUUGUGUAUGCACGAAAGAAACGCAGGGAUCGAGGCGAGAGAAACUAAUUAGCGGGAAUGAACAUUGAAAGACGAACGAGAUUCAGAACGGGAUAGCAACAUGUUGAUGUGUGCAUGGGAGCAUCGGGUUACUUCGAUAGCUCCUUAGCCGUCGCCCGCUCGGUGCCCUGCCUGUAAGAAUAUGUGUGCGUUGUAAUGUAAGAAUCGCGAAUGAGCGAACGAGAGCAAUAUUCCGACUACCACGACCUAUUACCUGAAGCUCGAAUCGGAAUAACGAGGUACCAAUGUGUGAGUGAGAGAAUGUACGAUGGGCACAUAUCUAUGAACGGAAAAAGUUCAGCGUUAUUUAGCAUUCACUCGACUAAGUGUUCCGCGGAUGGACGUGAAAGAAAAGAGUGCUCAUCAACCUUUGACGGAUCACGACAGUUAUAUUAAUUCGAUGUUUGUGAGAAACAAAAGUCCUGACUUUGUUAUUGAGCAGCUAGAUAAAACAUAACAUAACCAAAAAAAAAGAUCUGGAAAGGCGCGAAUAGGUCAAAGAUGUAAAGUAGCGAACAGGAAUAUUACGGGUAAAUCCAUUCAACGCUAACCAAAUACAAUAGAUGGAUUAUUUCCAAAAAACAAACAGAACUAGGAAAAACAACAGCUUAGUUGUACCCAGUGCAAACAUUUUCCCCAAAGAAAAACAACUUUGUUUCUUGUUUAUGGUAGUUUCUAAGCGAACACAAAGUGGAAUGCAAUUUCCAAACCAAUCAGCAAUGGCAUGUAAAAUAAAACGAAUAUAUAUUUAUACAAAAGAAAAUCCUACUUCAAAUUUACUUAAAACUUCUUUCUCCCAUAUUCUCGUUGAUAUAUCUACAUGUUAACAUCCAUACUCCAGUCUAGCUUCAACUGCAAACAUUCGAGGUCAACAAAAGCGCACAGCCUAUCCGAAAUUUUCCAUGAACAGAAGAAAAAAAUAACAAAUCCUGAUCGUUAUAAAAUACAUACCAGAAAGUGAGAUCCAACAGCGAUAUGCAAUAAACGGACGUGAAGCGUCACUAUAUUACGAAUAAUGUAAAAACAUAAAAAUUAAACAAACACCACAUUUAGCAGCUAGCUAACUACAUACUAGAAAGCGACAUUUACCAAUAGAUUAAGAAGAAGAAAAAAAAGAUGCUAAUAGUUGUCAUACUUGCUAUUCAACAUUCUGAUUGCUAAUAUCGUAAAAAGAAACUAGCUUCCCAGAGAGGUUAUAGGGAUACUUUGCAAUGUUCGUCACAACAGUAAUGUGCUAAAUCGUUAUAUAGAAAUUAUUUAAAAAAUAGCCAAACCUUACCAACACAUAUAUAUAUCAGAUAUAGGAAGUAAACGAAGAAAAACAACUCUGUGCAAUGCAAGAAGAAAUUGAUAGGAACAAAAAACGUACAGAAAGAGAUGGUAGAUUUUUUGUACUAUAGCAGGAAUCCACUCUGACAAUGGUUAGAACGAGAUUCAUGUACUUUGUCUGUGGCAAUGAUGAUGGAAAAUAAAAUAUGAACGGUUAAACGAAA